UGUAAACAAGAUUCCGUGAUGUAAAAAAGUCUUGUUUAUCGCAAGAAUUAUAAAUGAAUGUUUUGAUAAACAAUAAGCUUUAUAACUUUUUCAGUAGUUUUUUAAUUCAAAGUACAGAUGAAAAAGGUUAAUCAAGUUAUUACUUUUGUAUUUUUACUCGUCCUGUGUAUUGGUGGAAUUGGAGAAAGAAGUUCUAGAAAACAUAGCAUAUUUGCUCCUAGUUCAUCGCAUGCUGUUCGUCAUUCUGGUAAAAGACACAUGCUUGCACAAGACCCUGAAAUAUUUGAAAAUACAACAGCUUUUUUUGUUGAACAUUCAAAACCUCAGGCUGAGUCUUUAAUUCAGUUUUUAAACAGUUUGAAACCAGACAACAAUCGUACUACAGCUUCAAGCAUGAGCACGGAUGGCAAUUUAUCAGAUCAGUGCCAUACUGAGAAACUUUGUGAAUCACUGCCAGUUAGCUGCAUCAAAUGUACUUUUAAUUAUUCCUGUGUAUAUGGAGAGGAUGUCAAUGUUUCAUGCGAUGCAAAAGAUGAUGCUCGAUGCCAGGGGAAUCGAACUUUUUUAAGAAGUCAUAGUUGUAGGUAUUGCUAUCAGACACCUAGUUACCAACAUGUAUGCCAAAGAAAUACUUCUUGUCAUGUAGUUAGUGCACCACGGCAGAGGUAUAUUGCAAAAUGCAAUGUUAAACCACACAUUUUAUGUCUCGGGAGCAGAGGAUUUUCUAAACACGUUCCUUGCAAUUGGACAAAAGGGUACAGUUGGGGAACUGCCUUACUUUUGAGUAUUGUCUUUGGAGGUUUUGGCGUGGACAGGUUCUAUCUUGGUAUGUGGCAAGAAGGAAUAGGCAAGUUAUUUAGUUUUGGCGGUUUAGGUGUAUGGACAUUAGUGGAUGUUAUUUUAAUUGCCACUGGAUAUCUUGGACCAGCAGAUCAUUCACUGUAUAUCCGGAAUGAGUUUCUCAAAAUGUAGCUCUAUUCUAAUUAAUGUAAAUAAAA